AUGGCGAACCACAAUUAUAAGAAUGAUGAGAAUAACAGUGAUGAAGAUGAAGAUUUGCUCACAUUCUCCCUCUCAUGCGGAGGCAGUAGAAAGAGACCAGCAAGAGACUCUCCACCAACAACGCAAGGGGCUCUGGUGAGGGUACUAUGUACGCCCUCCGACGAUGCUCCUCCUCCGGCUAAGUCAAAUCUUUGCAUCCGCCGCCGCCGUGGCGGUUCCGCAUCCGGAGUGAAGAGUGAAACCAUCCCUCCGCCGUUCCCCUGGGCGACGGACCGGCGCGCCACCGUGCACAGGCUGGACUACCUUUUAGAGAACGGGAUCCACGCGAUCAAGGGGAAGGUGGAGUGCAAGAGGUGCAAGAACAAGUUCGAGAUGGUUCUUGAUUUGAAGUACAAUCUGAGACAGUUGUUGAAAUUCAUUGAUAAGGAAUUGGAGAAGAUGCACAAACGGGCACACGAGGUUUGGAUGCGGCCUGAUCUCCCAAAAUGCGAGCAUUGCGGACAAGAAAAUAGCGUCCAACCUUCGUUCGAAAAUACGAAGAAAAAGAACAUUAACUGGCUGUUCUUGUUGUUGGGUCAAACCCUGGGUUGCUGCACGCUCGCACAAAUCAAGUAUUUCCUCAAGCACAACAACCUCCAUCGCACUGGUUCCAAAGAACAUGUUCUUUAUGAUUCCUACCUUUGCCUAUGCAAGCAGCUUAACAUCAUUGAUCCUAACACCACGUGA